UAAACCACCACCGAACAGAAUUACUAGAGUUGCGAUUGCGAGGACCUAGGGUCGGGGUCGGGGAUCCAUCGUGGGGACCACCACCUCUCCGCAUCGAUCGCCGGUGCCGGCCGGCGGCGCGGAUGGCAAGCGGCGAGAGCGACGAGCCGAGCACGGUGCCGCAGCCGAAUCGCUGGUACGAGCUCCGGCUGGGCUCCUCCUGCCGCGACUCCUCCCCGUCGUCCAAGUUCUGCACGCUCCGCUAUGAAUUUAAGCCAGCAUCAAUUGAUAAGAGUCAAGUUGGGUCUUUGCAGAAGACCAAAGAUAACAGGGUUACCGUGGAGUUCCACAAUAAUCAGCCUGGCAAGCCAAAGGUGUCAUUUGAAGGAAGCCAAGAAGAGCACAAGGAUAAUGAUGGUGUCUUGUUUUUUGAUGGUGAGACCUUUCGUCUGGAGCGGUUGCAUCGGGCUGUCAAGAGAUUAAGGCAUGUCCGAAUUCCAGGAGAGUCUUCAGCAGCCACUUCAGCAACUACCACUGGAAUGGGUGAAUCUCAUUCCCCUCCAUUACCGAAACUUGGGAAGUCACCAGCCAUGAGUAAACCUGCUGUACACUCGGUUCCUGUUGAGGUUGAGCGCAUUGACAUAGGUGAACCUGAAAACCCAGGUCUAAGAAAUAAUAACAGAAGCACUACGUACCAACCUGUUACCACAAACCCAUUUUCCUUUUCACCUGAUCCAAAUGACCAAGAGGAGAACCUAGACAUACUUGGUGAUGAUGACAAUGGCUCACCAAAUAACAUGACUUCAGGACAAGGAGCUUCUGUUCGUGGUUUUGACAUCAACAUACCAAAUCAGCUUGACAUUGAUGAUGAAAUUGCUGAUGUAGAUGUCAAUGAUGAGGCCGAUGAGGGACUCAAUGCAGCUGAGGCCCUACGAGCUCAAGUUAAUGCCGAAGGGCAGCAAGAUGAGCAGGACACCUCUAGCUCUAGUGGGAGCAGCAGCAGCAGCAGUAGCAGUGGAAGUGGGAGCGGUAGUGGGAGCAGCAGCAGUGAUAGUGAUGGUAGUGAUGGUGAUUCAGCUAGCUCCGGGGGCGACGUCGAUAUAUAAGAGGUGCAAGCUUUGAAUGCUUAACUCAUAGAGUCAUAGUUCACAGAUAAACACAUUUGAGUUUCUGUUGUUGUGAUCUUAUUCCACUGUAAUUUGUUUGUGCCCCUCUUGGUUAGUCUGUUUUUAUGUUACUUAGGUCUAGCCUGGAGCAUAGCAUUUGUAUGAAAUAUUUGCAUGAUGGAUUUUCUUUCCCAAAUACGGGAUAUAUUUUUUCUUGUUUUGAAGUACAGAACUGCAUGUAUGCUGAUA